UGUCUGGCCUAAGAAAUUAGUUUUUUUUUUUUUUUUUUCUGCUUUUAUUUUAUGGAGAUCUGAUUCGAAACUGAGUUUAGUCGAAACUCAGGCCGUAGAUCCACUGAGCCCUAAUUCCAUUGGUGUCCUUUCUUUCCAUUUUCUUCUUUUAACGCUUGCGUUUUUCAAUUCAUAGAUGCAGGAAGCAAUCGCCGCCGCCGCCUCUCGAGCACGCCACACCUCCUCCCAGGAAUGUAAUUUCGACCAAAUUGAGAAGCCUUACACGAUGUGUGUGUCGACCUUUCGGUUAUAUUGCAAGGGUUUGGUGAGUGAAGAGGUGGUUAGGGAUGAGAGUAAGCAGAUCGGUGGGUUUGGUGUGGCCAUCUGCGACCCAGAGGAUAACCGACUAUUUGAGAUGAAGAAAGUUCUGGGAGGUGAAGAGUCCACACACCAGCAAGUUGCGGAAUUGGCUGCCAUAAUUCAUGCUUUGAAUUGGGCGUUGGAGCUUGAUCUGGGAAGUGUCACGUUCUUAUGUGAUGAUUCCAAUAUCUUAGAAUACGUAACAGGUAAAGCUGAACCAAACGAGUCCACUAUAGCAACAUUUGUCAAGGAAGUGUCUCUUCUUCAGAGCAGAUUCUCGUUUUGCGAAGCACUUCCUGUGAGCAGGGACAUCACUUUUGUCCUUGAGCAUGCCAGAGCUGCUAUAGCUUCACAAAUCAGAUGGCGUGAAGGUGACGUCUACAUGGAGACUUGUCCAAUAUGCUAUGAACACGUUCCAUCUGAUGAGAAGUUUGAGGUACCUGGUUGUUUCCACCGCUUCUGCGUUGAUUGCAUUAAGAAACAAGCCGAAGUGGCACUAGAAUUGGUGAAACCAGUAAACUGCCCAAGCUUGGGUUGCAACUCAGAACUACAGAGAGAGGAUUGUGAAGGUCUUUUGGAGCCUAAGCAGCUUGAUCUUAUGACCAAUUACAAGAAGGCGAGCAUGAUCAAAGGUUCAGAGAGAGUAUAUUGUCCCACAUGUGACAAUGUAAUGGCAAAGCCCAACCUCAUUGAAUACACAAAAUCCUUCUUCGUUGAUGCUGAGCUGUCAGGAGCCAGAAAGUGCACGGAGUGUGGGUUUUGUUUCUGUGGAAAAUGCAAAGCAGGAUGGCACUAUGGUAUGACAUGUGCUGAAUUCGUUAAAUCAGAGGAUAUUGAGACAUCUCCUGAGGAUGAGGAAUGUUACGAAGCUUUGGCUAAGAGUCUUGGAUGGAAGAGAUGCGGAAAUUGCAAGAUGAUGAUUGCACAUGAGGGAGGUUGCAACCGUAUAAUCUGCAGUUGCAAAUUCGAGUUUUGUUUCACCUGUGGAGCUGAGUGGAACGAGGAAGCCAACUGUAACUGCCAGCCCCAUGAUUAGCCCUAGUAGGGAACGCGGGUUUGGAGUCGGAGGACCAGUGAUGGGGUUUUCAUAAGAUAUAUGUCUAGGGAUAAUCUAUUGUUAUUCAAUACUUUAUUUAAAUCAUGCAUUCAAUACUAUGGUGUUAUUGGAUGUCAUAUUUGUAAGAUACAUUUUCAUGCCAACUUCCUCUGAUAAUACUCCAUCAAUGAUCUAAUGUCAA